AUGCACAGAAUAGUGCAUUUGGAUUUAAAAGGAGCCCCUUUAAAAAUUCCAUAUUUGGAAAAGGUGUUGUUAACAGCACAGUCAUGGGGUGCAACGGGUUUUCUAUUCGAGUGGGAGGAUACAUUUCCAUACUCAGGAGAACUAGCAGACAUUGGCAGUCAGAAAGACAGCGGUGGAGAUGGAAUGUAUUCAAUGGAAGAAGUACAGCAUAUCUUCCAAUUUGCCCGGGACAAUGGUUUAGUGGCUAUCCAGCUAGUACAAACUAUUGGACACUUGGAGUUUGUCCUUAAACAUCCAAAAUAUAUUCCACUUAGGGAGAUACCAAAUUCUCCAGCUGUGUUAUGUCCAUCCAGGGAAGGAUCACAGGACCUGGUGAUGAAGAUGGUGGAUCAAACACUAGAUGCGCAGCCUGAUGCUCAAUUUUUUCAUAUUGGAGCUGAUGAAGUGUGGCAUAAAGCUGUUUGUUCAGAUUGUCAGAACAGAGCUUCCACUAGGAGAUACCAGGGAGACGCUUUGUUCUUAGAGUACAUCCAAGAUUUAACUUUAUUUAUUAAGCGAAAGAGACCAAAUUUGACUAUACUCAUGUGGGAUGAUAUGCUUAGAUCCAUCAAUGAAGAUGCUUUUAAAGCAUACUCUUUCUUAAACGUCCAGCCAGUAUAUUGGAAUUAUAACACAAUAGACAACUUUCGAACGGACCAUGUGCUUUGGCAGAAGUACACCAAGCUGUUCCCCAAGAUAUGGGCUGGAUCAGCGUUCAAAGGAGCCAAUGGAAGCUGUCAGGCAUUAUCACCGGUGUGCCGCUAUGUAAGCAAUCACGAGGCUUGGUUGCGGGAAUUCAGUAUUUACAAAGAGAGCAUCAAUUUUGUGGGCAUCAUACUGACUGGGUGGUCCAGGUACGAUCACUACGCAACUCUGUGUGAACUAAUGCCUGUGAUGUUGCCCAGCCUCGCUAGUUGCCUCAAACUGUUAACUAAAGAAGACCACCUGGGUAUAGAGCACGUGAUAAGAGAGUACCUCCCGCCCCAAGAGUGGCCUGGGGAGGAGCUGGCGCGAUGCGUUCAUUCCUUCGUCAUUCUGCGGGAACGGUGCACGAACCUAUUACAUGGUGAAAUGGUAUCAACAUGGCUGAACCCAUGGCAGGUGGAGAGAGGCUACACCGUGUCUAUACAUGUCCAAUCUAUUGCCUACUCGGCUCGUAUCCUAUUAGAAGAAGCUAAGAAUCUAUCCCAAAGCCUAUCAACACAUCUGCACUCCGUAACCGGAAAGAGGAGUAAAGAGGAGUGGUUGAGGUCAAACGUCACUCCUAUCUUGACAAAAAUGACUGAACUGUGUGAAGUUGCUGAGAACGCUAUGAAACGGGACGCUGGAAUUCGUCCUUGA